CGCGGGCUUGCUCGGUUCGCUGCCACCUGCACGUCUGAUUGGUUUGGUUUGCUUGGACUCAGCCAUGGGGUUCGUGGGCAGCGCCCUUCCCGCUCAGGAUCCGGUCCGGCUGGUUUAAGACCAUGGCUGCUGGACAUUCUUCAUCUUCUCUUCUCCCUGCUUACGCUGCUGUGGAGGGCGACACCUCGCCCGACCAUGGCCGUGGACCCUGCUAUCGUUGCGAUUUUUGGGUCGCCGUCGGCCGGCCUCAACCUGGCCGACACUCGGGUAUCAGUCGAUAAUGCGGUCGCGGGGGUUCUUCUCUGUCUGGCUUUCAUUUCCGUGGGGUUGCGCUUUGUGGCCCGGCGUAUCCUCCGCAAUCCGCUCCGGGCCGAUGACUGGAUCAUUAUUCUCGCUUUGCUGUUUAUCUUCACAACAUCUGGUCUGUGCAUAUCAGGGGGCUUUUUCGGAGCAGGAAGGCAUGUUUGGGUUAUGAAGAUUACCGACUUGGUGACGCUGUUCAAGAUCCUCUUCGUGUAUGUCCUGGUGUAUGCGGCAGUCUGUGCGUCGGCCAAGCUCUCCAUCCUCUUUUUCUAUCGCCGCGUCUUUAUGGCCUCGCAUGCGGAUCUCACCCUCCGUCUGAGUAUCUACCUCGGGUUCUUUCUCACCCUCUCGUACCCGAUCAUCAUCUGGGUCACCAUGGCCACCGCGUGUCGUCCCACCUCAUACUUCUGGAACCGAUAUGGCGGAGCUACCGGCAGCUGCAUUGAUACGGAUACGUUUUUCCUGGCACUCGGCAUCAUCAACAUGCUCAACGAUGUCAUCGUCCUCCUGAUUCCUUUUCCGCAAAUCGCCAAGCUGCACAUGAAUCGCCGGAAGAAGCUGGCCAUUAGCGGCAUUCUCGCCGUGGGCGUUGUCGCCUGCGUCGCCAGUAUCGUCCGCAUCUGGUCCGUCGACGAAUUCACCAAACGCAAAGACGUCACCUGGACGCUCGGUCCCGUCUUCAUCUGGUCCACCAUCGAGCCGGGUCUCUCCAUCGUAUGCGCCUGUAUGCCACAUCUGGCUCCGUUGGUCCGAUUAGCACACAUCAAGCUCUCCUCUAGCCACGACAGCAAAAGCAAACCCAGCCGGCCCACCCACCCCAGCAUCCCGUGGCGAUCCCGGAGCGGCAACGCCCGGGCUUUUGCCAACAAUGACUUCAAUUUCAGUGGACAUGACGAUGAGAUUUGUCUCACCAAUCAUGUCACCACCAGCGCGAGUGGCCGCAAACCGCAGUCGAUUGAAUCGGGGGAGGAGAGUCCAGAACAAGCCAUCGUGGUGCAUUCGACUUUUGUACAGUCGGUUUCGAAUAAGUAGAUGCCAUACGAAUGUACUUCGGACUGUAGUGUGAUGAUAUCGUAAGCGGUCAGCAACCUUAUGAUGGCUGUCUGUCACAGUUGUCCUUCAUCAUGGGUUGCGCUGGGUGUCACGGUGACCUGUUAAGGGUCGAUGAUAUGCUAGACACUGUAUCAUAGAUAGUAAUCUAUACAGCAACUGCUUCCCGAU